AUGGGGGGUUCAAGAGGAGCCUGUCCUCAGCGGCUGUGCAUCAUAGCACUGACGGCAGAUCUGGAUGUUGGGGUGAAGCGAGCGUGCUUUGAGGGGGGGAUGGAUGGAGCCGUGCGCAAGCCGAUCGUGGCGCAUGAGUUGCUUGCAGCGCUCAUACAUGCGGGGUUUGUAGCUGUUGAGGCAGAAGAUGCGGUGUGGGAUGUGCUGCGCCUCAUGGACUAUCUCACAGCCGCUCACACAGACACCAUGGCUGAGCAGAUUUCUCCUCUCCCUCGCUUCCUCGCAUCUGUCUCUUCUCCCUCGUCUCCGCGCGUGCGGGGGGGGCGGGGGAGGGAGGGGAUGCGCGUGCGAGGCGUGCCGCGUGCAGCAUUCCAUCCCCCUCCCGUCGUUCCCCCUCCACGCAUGCUGUCUCCUCGUCCUCGCCUCCCGCGCACCCCGUCUCUCCCGUCCCCCCAGCCCAUAGAUACAUGGAGCGGGCCCACCGCCCACCCAUUCACCCUCUCAUCUACCCCUCCUCCCAUCCACACACCCAUCCGCCGUCUCCCGUCCCCCCAGCCCAUAGCUGCAUGGAGGGCCCACCGCCCACCCAUUCACCCUCUCAUCUACCCCUCCUCCCAUCCACACACCCAUCCGCCGUCUCCCGUCCCCCCAGCCCAUAGCUGCAUGGAGGGUGUGACAGGCCCACCGCCCACCCAUUCACCCUCUCAUCUACCCCUCCUCCCAUCCACACACCCAUCCGCCGCCCACCGCCCACCCAUUCACCCUCUCAUCUACCCCUCCUCCCAUCCACACACCCAUCCGCCGUCUCCCGUCCCCCCAGCCCAUAGCUGCAUGGAGGUUGUGACAGGCCCCUCCGCCCACCCAUUCACCCUCUCAUCUACCCCUCCUCCCAUCCACACACCCAUCCGCCGUCUCCCGUCCCCCCAGCCCAUAGCUGCAUGGAGGGCCCACCGCCCACCCAUUCACCCUCUCAUCUACCCCUCCUCCCAUCCACACACCCAUCCGCCGUCUCCCGUCCCCCCAGCCCAUAGCUGCAUGGAGGGUGUGACAGGCCCCUCCGCCCACCCAUUCACCCUCUCGUCUACCCCUCCUCCCAUCCACACACCCAUCCGCCGUCUCCCGUCCCCCCAGCCCAUAGCUGCAUGGAGGGCCCACCGCCCACCCAUUCACCCUCUCAUCUACCCCUCCUCCCAUCCACACACCCAUCCGCCGUCUCCCGUCCCCCCAGCCCAUAGCUGCAUGGAGGGUGUGACAGGCCCCUCCGCCCACCCAUUCACCCUCUCAUCUACCCCUCCUCCCAUCCACACACCCAUCCGCCGUCUCCCGUCCCCCCAGCCCAUAGCUGCAUGGAGAGUGCCCACCGCCCACCCAUUCACCCUCUCAUCUACCCCUCCUCCCAUCCACACACCCAUCCGCCGUCUCCCGUCCCCCCAGCCCAUAGCUGCAUGGAGGGCCCACCGCCCACCCAUUCACCCUCUCAUCUACCCCUCCUCCCAUCCACACACCCAUCCGCCGUCUCCCGUCCCCCCAGCCCAUAGCUGCAUGGAGGGUGUGACAGGCCCCUCCGCCCACCCAUUCACCCUCUCAUCUACCCCUCCUCCCAUCCACACACCCAUCCGCCGUCUCCCGUCCCCCCAGCCCAUAGCUGCAUGGAGGGCCCACCGCCCACCCAUUCACCCUCUCAUCUACCCCUCCUCCCAUCCACACACCCAUCCGCCGUCUCCCGUCCCCCCAGCCCAUAGCUGCAUGGAGGGUGUGACAGGCCCCUCCGCCCACCCAUUCACCCUCUCAUCUACCUCUCCUCCCAUCCACACACCCAUCCGCCGUCUCCCGUCCCCCCAGCCCAUAGCUGCAUGGAGGGCCCACCGCCCACCCAUUCACCCUCUCAUCUACCUCUCCUCCCAUCCACACACCCGUCCGCCGUCUCCCGUCCCCCCAGCCCAUAGCUGCAUGGAGGUUGUGACAGGCCCCUCCGCCCACCCAUUCACCCUCUCAUCUACCCCUCCUCCCAUCCACACACCCAUCCGCCGUCUCCCGUCCCCCCAGCCCAUAGCUGCAUGGAGGGCCCACCGCCCACCCAUUCACCCUCUCAUCUACCCCUCCUCCCAUCCACACACCCAUCCGCCGUCUCCCGUCCCCCCAGCCCAUAGCUGCAUGGAGGGUGUGACAGGCCCACCGCCCACCCAUUCACCUUCUCAUCUACCCCUCCUCCCAUCCACACACCCAUCCGCCGCCCACCGCCCACCCAUUCACCCUCUCAUCUACCCCUCCUCCCAUCCACACACCCAUCCGCCGUCUCCCGUCCCCCCAGCCCAUAGCUGCAUGGAGGGUGUGACAGGCCCACCGCCCACCCAUUCACCCUCUCAUCUACCCCUCCUCCCAUCCACACACCCAUCCGCCGCCCACCGCCCACCCAUUCACCCUCUCAUCUACCCCUCCUCCCAUCCACACACCCAUCCGCCGUCUCCCGUCCCCCCAGCCCAUAGCUGCAUGGAGGGUGUGACAGGCCCCUCCGCCCACCCAUUCACCCUCUCGUCUACCCCUCCUCCCAUCCACACACCCAUCCGCCGUCUCCCGUCCCCCCAGCCCAUAGCUGCAUGGAGGGCCCACCGCCCACCCAUUCACCCUCUCAUCUACCCCUCCUCCCAUCCACACACCCAUCCGCCGUCUCCCGUCCCCCCAGCCCAUAGCUGCAUGGAGGGUGUGACAGGCCCACCGCCCACCCAUUCACCCUCUCAUCUACCCCUCCUCCCAUCCACACACCCGCCCACCGCCCACCCAUUCACCCUCUCAUCUACCCCUCCUCCCAUCCACACACCCAUCCGCCGUCUCCCGUCCCCCCAGCCCAUAGCUGCAUGGAGGGCCCACCGCCCACCCAUUCACCCUCUCAUCUACCCCUCCUCCCAUCCACACACCCAUCCGCCGUCUCCCGUCCCCCCAGCCCAUAGCUGCAUGGAGGGUGUGACAGGCCCCACCGCCCACCCAUUCACCCUCUCAUCUACCCCUCCUCCCAUCCACACACCCAUCCGCCGUCUCCCGUCCCCCCAGCCCAUAGCUGCAUGGAGGGCCCACCGCCCACCCAUUCACCCUCUCAUCUACCCCUCCUCCCAUCCACACACCCAUCCGCCGUCUCCCGUCCCCCCAGCCCAUAGCUGCAUGGAGGGUGUGACAGGCCCACCGCCCACCCAUUCACCCUCUCAUCUACCCCUCCUCCCAUCCACACACCCAUCCGCCGCCCACCGCCCACCCAUUCACCCUCUCAUCUACCUCUCCUCCCAUCCACACACCCGUCCGCCGUCUCCCGUCCCCCCAGCCCAUAGCUGCAUGGAGGUUGUGACAGGCCCCUCCGCCCACCCAUUCACCCUCUCAUCUACCCCUCCUCCCAUCCACACACCCAUCCGCCGUCUCCCGUCCCCCCAGCCCAUAGCUGCAUGGAGGGCCCACCGCCCACCCAUUCACCCUCUCAUCUACCUCUCCUCCCAUCCACACACCCGUCCGCCGUCUCCCGUCCCCCCAGCCCAUAGCUGCAUGGAGGUUGUGACAGGCCCCUCCGCCCACCCAUUCACCCUCUCAUCUACCCCUCCUCCCAUCCACACACCCAUCCGCCGUCUCCCGUCCCCCCAGCCCAUAGCUGCAUGGAGGGCCCCUCCGCCCACCCACCCACCCAUCCACCCACCCAUCCACCCACGCAUCCACCCAUCCACCCACGCAUCCACCCAUCCACCCACCCAUCCACCCAUCUAUUCCUUCAUCCUGCCCCAUUCCUGCCAGCCUGCACGGGUUGCACUUGCAGAGACGGAGGCGGAGCUACAGCUCCUACACGGAUUACACCUGCAGCGGCCAUCAUGGGAGGCGGAGCCACAGCCGUUGGAUGGCUCAGUCAGAGUGUCACCCCUGCGCGGAUUACACCUGCAGUGGCCAUCAUGGGAGGCGGAGCUGCAGCCACUGGAGGGAGUGAAGGGCGUGGUGGAGGUGGUGGCCCUGAAUGGAUUGCACUUGCAGCGCCCAUCAUGGGAGGCGGAGCUACAGCCACUAGAGGGAGUGACAGGCGUGGUGGAGGUGGUGGUGUUUGACAUGCGCGUGCGGCACAUGAUAGGGUACCGCUGGCGCAACAGCAGCAGCACAGACACGACCCCCUUUGCCCAUACAGACAGUGGGGUGGAGGGCAACGAGGAGGGCAGUGGGCCGCUCUUCUUCUGCUGCACCAAGGAGCUCGAGCCUCUCACUGGCUGCACCGUGGGCCGCCUGAUAGUGAGGCGAGCAGCGCACGAGCCGGAUAGGCUCAGUUGGGCUCAGUUGGGCUCAGUUGGGCUCACUUGCUCGGCAACAGCUCACUCACAAUCCCUCUGCACACAGACGCGCACGUGCAUCUGUUACCAUGUGCGGCCCCUCUCCCUCCCCUACCCCAUCGCCUCUCAGUGGCCGUGCGUCCUGGAAUAUCAAUUCCUCGGCAACAGCUCACUCACAGCUCCUCUUCUCUCCCUGCUUUCCCCCCUGGCCGCUCUGUCCCUUCUUCCCGCCCCAGUGGCCUCGCGUCCUGGAAGCCAAUGGCCCCGCGUCCUGGAGGCUCAGUUCCUCGGCAACAGCUCACUCACAGCACCUUUAGAUGCAGACCUGCACAUCCCACGGCCGGGCUUUGUGUAUGUCCUGGAAGCCCAGUUUAUCGGCAACAGCUCGCUCACAGCAACUCUGGAUGCAGAGGUGCACGUACCACGGGCCGGCUUUGUGUAUGUGUGGUUGGCCAUGUGCGAUAAGAACCUGGACAACACCAAGGUGUUUGGCCACACGGAGUGGCGCGCGCACGGGUGGGGUGAAUGUCUUUCUUUCGUUGUCAACUCCCCCUCACUUCCCCACCUUCCUCACGCCCCCCUCUCGUCCCAUUCCUUUGCCUCCUUCAACACUCUUCCCCUGUUCCACCCUCUCACCCCCCUCUUAUGUCGUCCUUCUCUGCCUCCCUCGUUUCCCAUGCCCCCUCCCCUCCAGCUCUACACUCUCCUCUACCUCGCCUGGCGCCCCCAGUUCGGUCCAGCCUGGCACUCUCUCGACCGCAACUCACUCCCUCACUUCCUCACCUUCCUUGUGUCUCCAUUCCAUUCACCCCUCCCCUCCCUCCCCCCCUCCCAGCUCUACACCUUCCUCUAUCUCGCCUGGCGCCCCCAGUUCGGUCCAGCCUGGCACUCCCUCGACCGCAACUCGCUCCCUCACUUCCUCACCUUCCUCCUCCUCCUCUCCCUCCUCUCCACCCUCACCACCCUCUGCGACCUCCUCCUCCUCUGCACCACGGGGCACCGAUUCGUUUUAGUCACGCUCGCUGCAGUGACGGCGCUCAUACCAGCAGCCCUGUACGUGCUAGUGGCGGCUACAUGCGAGGCAGUGAGGACAGUGGGGCAGGUGGACGAUUGGGGCAGCGGUGAGCAUGUGGCUCUGCGCUCCCCCCUCGUGCUCCUGGACCUCUGUCUGGCUGCCUGGCUCAUCCCGGCCGCUCUCACCACCAAGGCGCAGUGCAUGCAGGCGUCAGACAGUCGGCUGCUGAGCACCUUCCGCCAGGCACUGUCAGCAAUGGGGGGCAUUAGUGCUGCUGCUCUCGCCCUCACCUGCUGGGAGGCCUAUGUGAAGCUAUCAGACCCCCUCAACCUGCAGUGGCAGAGCGAUUGGCUCAUCACAGCAGCAUGGCACCUUCUCUCCUUCCUCGCCCUCGCCUCCCUCUGCUUCCUCUGGAGCCCUGCCCUCCUCUCCCUCCGGCACGAUGGAUCCACUCAAGGAGACAAAGGCGGGGCAGCGUCUCUCCUGUCAUAG